CGGCAAAGAUUCGGUUUGGGGGGAUAAUUUGCUGGGAUUGAGUGUCUCAGCAUUUCACAAUUUUGUAAACCAGAUGAGUCAUAUUUUAGUGUUUAUUGAUAUAUUUACACCAAAAACCGGUAAUUUAAAUCAUGUCAAGAAGGAAUUCUGGUAGUCUGAGUAGAAAUGAAGGAUCAUACAGUGGGUUAAGGAAUACUUCACGUCGUAAUAUGUUGAAGUAAUAAUUAAAAUUAGUUAAAAUUUUCAAUGAAAAUGUUUGUCUGACAAUUUUUUUAGGCCUUUAAAUUCAAUGAUUGAUGGUUCAUUAUCAUUUUUUGGUUUUGAUUCACGUGAAACUACCAUUGAAGAUUGGAAUGAACGACGGUUGCGUUAUGUAAUAAAACGUUAUGGAAGCAUUAAAGGAGAUCGUUUAAAUGUUUUGACCACCUCUCCAACUUUAUGUGAUACAUCAAGAUCGUCUUUAAGACAUCGGCUAGGCUCAAGUUCACAUGCUGAACCAAUGAAAGUUAUCAAUAGACGUCAAGUUUCUUUUGCUAAUUCUUCUACUGUAUCACCGGUUGGCGCACAACGACCAAUGUAUUUACGUGAAUUAAGUAAUCUAACAACUUUUAGUCUUCCAAUUGCACCUAUCACAACUCCAACUUAUAAACCGCAUGCAAUGAAAAUUAUCCUUUCAUCUAUGUGGAAUCAUCGUCCAUUACAAACACGUAAAAAAUUAGACAAUAAUGAAAUAAAUGACACUGGAUUUGAACGGUUUAAUUCAGCUCCAACUGGUAGACUACUGUGUGCAUUAGAAACAACAACUGAUACACAUUUUAAUCAUGAUAAAUGGAUCGCGUUGAAAGAUGUUGUUAAACAUGAAGAAACACCAUUUCUACUGGAAUCAUCAACAAUCCCAACUUGUAAUGAAUCGAAUAUUCAUAAUAACAAUAGUAGUAAUAAUAAUAAUGAUAAAAUUAGUUAUGAUUUAUCAACGGAACAACAAAAAUUCUCAAAUGACAUUGUUGAUAGUCAUAAUGAUGAUGUGAUAAUUUUACAAACUCGAGAAACAACUGGUGAAAAUCGCCCACGACCAAGUACUACAGUAUCACCAACAAAUUUUCGCCCUGGUCCAGUAGUAAUUCCAUCACUUUCAAGGCGUCUAACUGAAAGCUUAUUGACUCCAACACGUUGGGCUUCAGCAAUUAUUUAUCCACAUAAAGAUAAUUUUACUGAAGAUAUUUUUCGUAAUAAAACAACUGAAUACAUAGAGUAUAGACCAUAUUUUACCUAUUGGAUAUCAUUUAUUCAUAUAGUGAUUUUUAUUGCCGGUUCCAUUGGUUAUGGAUUUGCACCGAUUGGUUUAGGCAUAGCUACACGUUAUGUUGGCAAAGUGUUGCUGCCCACAUUGACCAUUGAUCAGGUGUGUUGGAUUGAAUAUGAAAAUUUAUGGAUAGGUCCAAGGCAAACAGAUUUAGUUCGAUUAGGUGCACGUUUCCCACCAUGUAUGCGAUUUGAUCCAGUCUUGUAUGAUGCAGUAAUUAAACGUCAAAAGAAAUUUGAUCGUGCUUCAGGCUGUUGUAUUCGUAAUGACGGUGGAGGUUGUUAUCAAACGCAUCGAGCAAUCUGUUCACGUACAUUAGCUACAUGGCUUCAUUAUGAAAUUGACAAUAGUAGUAGUAGUAGCACAGUACAAACCACCGAACUAUUACCACCAAUUCAUACACAUUUAUUGAAUAAUUCACAAUUUGAAAAAAAUUUACACAGUUCUAACAACAACAACAAUAAUAAUAAUAAUAAUAAUGAACAAAAUAUUCUACAUUCAACACAACUUAUUGGUCAAGCUGGACCUGUAUGUGGAUUGGAUCCGGAUUUUUGUGCUCGACCACGUUCAAUUGGAGCAUUUGCUUGGUCAGAGACAGAUGUUACUAAAUGGCCGAUUUGUGAAUUAUCUGAUAGUGUGUCAAAUAUGGGCGGUUAUGCUCCGCAUAUGGAAUGUCAAGUCACUGGUCAUCCAUGUUGUUUAGGUUUAAAAGGUGAAUGUAUCAUGACUACACAGGAACAUUGUGAUUUUGUACGAGGUUUCUACUAUCCAAAUGCUGCAUUAUGUUCACAAGUGAAUUGUUUAAAUCAAAUUUGUGGUAUGUCACCUUUCAUCAAUAAUGAAUAUCCAAAUCAAAUGUAUCGAAUAUUCACUUCAUUAUUUCUUCAUGCUGGUGUAUUACAUUUACUCUUAUCAUUGGGUGUUCAAAUGAUUUUUAUGCGAGAUUUAGAAAAAAUGAUUGGUUGGCAUCGUAUCACAUUAGUGUAUAUUUUAUCUGGAUGUAUUGGAAGUUUAACAUCUGGAAUAUUUUUACCUUAUCAAGUAGAAACUGGACCAACAGGUGCGCAAUUCGCUUUACUCGGUGUUGCAUUAGUUGAUUUUAUACAUUGUUGGCAUUAUUUAGCACAUCCAUGGUUAGCAUUAUUACGAAAUUUUUUACUGAUUUUCCUUUUAUUCACUUUUGGUUUAUUACCAUGGAUUGAUAAUUAUGCUAAUGCGGGUAGUUUUUUAUCAGGCAUUUUAUUAUCUUUUAUAUUAUUACCAUUUCGUGGUUUCAUUAUGCAUCAUUCUUCAGUAUCAUUGACUACAUCGAUGGCUACAUCUGUGAAUCAAAAUCUGUCAGAUAAUAAUAAUCAAAAUAAUAAUAAUAAUAAUACUACCAGUUAUUAUAAUACACCAAUCACAUCACCGACAACCCCGUCUGUUCUAUUUAAUUUCAAUUUUUAUGAUAUUCAUCGUAAAAGUUGUACAUCGUUACAAUAUCAACAAUCUAAUUCUAUGCAACAAUCACAACCACAACAUAACUACCAAUCACAAUGUCGUCAUCGUUGUUUCAUUAUCAUUCUAUGCUUGAUUCUAUGGUUUAUAUUAUGUGUGAGUGUAAUUGUCUUAUUCAUUUGGGGUCCAAUUAUCAAUUGUCAAUAUUGUAAUUAUUUUACAUGUUUACCAUUGACAGUGAAUUUUUGUGAUAAUUUACAAGUGAAUGUAGAAAAACGAUCUGAUUGUAUUUUGCCGAAUUGGAUUUAAUCAACUGAAAAUUUCUUUUAUG